ACCGUAUGUAAAGUUUAACUUCGACCUUUCUUUGACCUUUCUUGGCAGGAUUGCCCGCCAUACAUUCUAAUCGCUACAUUAUAAUUUGCCACAACUCUACAUUAUGCUUACAGUCAUUUCUGCAUUUCAACCCAAACGCGCGGGACGCCUCUUUGUGCACACGGUCACCCUCUCAACAUCAUUUCAGCCCUUCGUGCGGCGCUGCUUCAGAGGCUCACUUGCUGUUUUCAAAACGCCUCUGAAUGCAACGCUAUUUAUCGUGAUCGUCUUUAUCCAGCUCGCCCUCAACGUUUACAGGUACUUCAAGAAAAAUCACCUUCAACAGGCCAAAGACACGAAGAAUACAAACCGGAGCCCACGUACUCAAUUUGACUCGGAGAGGUUGGAAGCGGAUGUAUCAAUCAACGAGGAAGACAGAGAAGACCCUCACUAUGAGAGAAGUUGUCAAAACAUCUAUUCAUCCCUGGAGUUGCAACUGUCGGCUGUAUCAUUGACGUCCACAUGUAUAGCCCCUCUGACCCGUGAAGACUCAAACGUGCACCUCCAUUCCACGACAAGCGCUCGCACGCGUCGUAUUCGUCGAUUCGUGUCCCACAUUAAGCUGCGCACCGCCAACGAGGAGCCAGCCCACUUUCACGACAAGAAGAUCCGAAAAAUAAACUCUGAAUAUCGUGUGAGUCAAAUGCAGGAAGAAGAAGCUCUGGUACACGAUUCAAGUCGAAGACGGAUACUACGAAUUUCAAACCAGCCGCUGGUCCGGCAGGUGACUCAUGCUGUAUCGUCGGUUUUCCGCACCCCACUACGUCUUCAAAAUAAUACUGCGCCUGCGGCCUGUCACACCCCUGAGUCUGUAGAACGGCCUAUCACAUUCACGUACCCACCUUAUCCAGUCAGCAAGGUGACCGACUCGAACGAAAGGAAGUGGCCAUGGCGGACGCGGGGACUGUGCAUCGAAGCCUAGGCAGUCGACUCAUUGAGAUUUCUGUAAUUAUCGUAGAGGCUUCGUUUGAAAUUUAAAUUCAUCCCUAAAACGCACUUCGAGUUUUCGUGCUCAAAAUACUCGUGCACUCGGACCCAGUGACCACCAAACAUUGUAGGGGCGUGCACUUCGAGAUUUCAAGGUGACAGUGCGACCUCGAUGAUGAGGUCACGUGACCCGUGCCUACAUAUAAACACGCCAAUC